UGAUUUUUUGCAAAGUUUGUUUACAAAUUUAUGUAGUUUUCGUUGUCAAGAAAGUUUUGCUAUGAAUGAUAAGGUUAGGGAAAUAUGGUUAAUUUUGAGAAUCUAAAAAUAGGGUCCCGUGUUCAAACUAGCAAAGACGGUGAAAUCUUUCAAGGAACGGUGCGGUAUAAAGGUGGAUUAAUUACCCGGGAAGGCAAUUGGGUUGGAGUGGAAUUGGAUAAACCAGGUACCGUACUAGUACUACAUACGGUUUACAUGGCAGUAAAUGGCAUUGAAAUCAACAUUUAAAGCUAUCUUUUAUUAUAUAGAAGUCUUAUGAAAAACAGUCCUAAUUGUCAUAAUUGCACACAAUACCAUAUGUAUAGCUAAUAGCUUGAACUGCAACAUUUGUCUGUCCUAGUAGUCCUUGCCAACUCAGGUGAUCUAGCCUUUUGAGGAAUGGAAUUAAAGCAAGCACAAGUCUUUCAUAUGCUGUUAUUGACUAUUGUAAUUAAGUCCUUUAUUAAAUCCUCCUCUUUAAUAUGAAGUCCCGCCAAAUUUAAGAUGAAGAAAUCUCUUAGCUCUAAUUCACCCUCCACACCAAAAAUGUGUUCUUACCUGGAAAUUCACAUUAGUUUGCCUUUUUUAUUUAUUUAUCUCUGCUAACUUGUGCAAUAAGCUGGCCUUUAACCCCCAUGCCCUUCACAUCCCCUCUCCAAUAUGCCACUACUCAAGGGUGCCUAAGGGUGCCUGAAAUGAGAGCCCCCCAACCUAAUAGAAAAUUUAUGGUAUGAUGUUUUUCCAGGAUACAUUGUAAACUUUACAUAAUUUCUGUUGCUAUAGUUGGAUACACAAGUGGAUUAUUCAAAGGCUACAAGUAUUUUCAAUGCAAUGCUAAACGUGGAAUUUUUAUCAGGCCCAGAAGAUUGCAUUUGAUGGGCAACUGGAGAACAAUGUAUGUUCAACAUUAUACUCAUAUGUACUGUACAUUUUGUGUGGCUGCCUAAGAAAUGAUAACUUUAAAUCUUCCAAUUUUCCCUUGAAUGUAGUUUAAUAUAAAAAGUCCCCGCCUAAGCUGAAAAGGUGUGAAACCUAUAUGGUGCAUGAAAAGCAUCAUCCAAUGUACAGUAGCAUUGAUUGAUGAUAUAUCCCAGUAAUACAUGAAAAUUAUGGAAUCCCAAAAAGACCAUGAUUAUAUCCCAAAUCAGUAUUACCACCGUGGCUAUGAAUUUACGUCUGCCAUUUCAGGUCAGGAAAUGGAUAUCGAACUGUCAGUACAAAGUCAUAUGUUGAUGAAACAUUGUUUGCCAAAAAACCUGAAGGUAUAUUUUAUUAUUGCUACACUUCACCCAGUUGCCCAUGAGGGAAAACUUAUAUGUACUUUAUAAAUAACAUUCCGCAAGUGCAAGUGCUGAUCAGGUGGAAGCUAUGUGUAAUUUCUUCUUCUUCAGAGUCUUCUUUGAGCAUGGAUCAAAAACAGGCUUCUCUGUAUAGUUUGUUAUAAUAAAUACAUUUAUUUAAUCAAUUUCAAUUUUUGCUUUAAUUACCCCAUCCCAUCAAGUGCCAAUGCAGGUGAUGCUCUAGCUCCCCAUUACAAUUAAAAUCAUCUUCAGUAUAAUCAAGUAAAAUUAUUGUAAAGUAAGGUGCAUUGGGGUGCAAUACAACUUAAUGGGUAAAAUAAUAUUCUAAGGUUGCUUGUCACUCAAUUUGUAGCUGCUUUGUUGCUUGUUUUAGUGUAAUAAAUGUUGCAUGUUUUAUUGUAAUAAAUGUUGCUGUCGCUUUUGAACUAUUUACAGAAAUCACAAUUGUUGUUCUUUCCUGUCAGAAGCUGUUGUUUCUCGCUCUUUUUUAGAUAGCCGAUGUCACCUGUCGGUCAUUAACCUAACUGGCCUUGGUGGGCCUCUUCAUAUUCCUGCCAAAUUAUGUCAUCAUGAUCAAAUCUAUUUGUCCUGUCAUGUCCCUUGAUUAAACAAUCACACUUAAAUCACAAUCACACUUUGUACUAUAUGCCAUAGCAUUAAUCACUUUAGAAUCAUAGAAAUUUCUAUGAUUCUAUAGAGUUUAAAGGUUUUUUAUGGUUUACUCUCUGCAUUUUACAGAACCACAGAAUGCAGAGCCAUUGCAAUAUUAUGACAACAAAACGUUUGCUUUUGUUACUCCUGAAUACAUGAAAUCAACUAAUAGAGCUUUUUCAGGUAUAAAUAAACAUAUCUGCAUGAAGUUCAAUAUGUUAAUCAGUUAACCGCUUGUACCUGUAUGUAAUUUAAAGUUGACAUGUGGUUUUGAUUUAAUUUCUGUAAAGAUAGGAACUUUAUAUUGACAACUCUAUCAGUUCUAAACUAGCUGUUCUGCCUACAGGACUACAAAGAGUUUAACUCUACUGUAUAACUAGUAUUAAAUAUUAUAACUACUUCAAUGACAAUAGUUGUAAUUGUGUAAGCCAAGCAGAAUAACUUUCACAUGAAGUUGCUGUAGUUCUAUACUAUACUCACUUAAUAACAACCUAGCUCCACUUGAGUCAUGUUCCGUCUAAAAGGCCCUUCGUCAAGAAUUAGUAGCCACUACCACUAACUACUGUACUAACUCUUGACCACCAACUCUUGACGAAGGGCCUUCGCUCGAAACGUCCAGUUUCUGCUUAUUUUUUAAGGUAGUAAUAUAAUUUAUUUCAUAUUGGUACUACCCACACUGGUACAGACAGUUUCCGUCUAAAAGUCAUUCUUCAUCGUAGUAGCAUCUGUAACUAGUAUCUAUAUAAACUUUUGUUAUUAUUUUCAGCACCACUAACUUUACAUUCCCAUGUGGACAAGAAAGUAAACUUUCACAAGAAGCACAUGGUUGGUCACAAUUUAUCACCUGCAACCACAAAAUCCAACAUCUGCAAUACUGGUCGAAGCAGCAGAUGCUCAGAAAGAAUGUUUGUACCAAGCUCUCCUUCAAUACCAGAUUAUCAUGUACCUCGCAGAGUUUUUAAACGCAUGGUGGAAAGAGACUACUUUGGUACAUCUCUUCCAAAACAAAACACUCUAUACUAGCUGUGUGAAAACCACUUGUUUUCCACUGCAGACACAACAUGCACGCUGUGGCACUGUUAAUGAAUCGGCAACUUUGGUUAGGCAAACUGUAAGGGCGUGCACACGUAAAUUCUGCCGGUAUCAAGCGAAAUUCCUGAUCUCUGCGAAAUACCUGACCAAGCGUAAAGGUCCAGACACACCGGACGCGAUUCGACAACGCGACGCGAUUUUUCGAUUUUCACUGACCGAUAACUUUGAUCCUAGUUUAAAUUUUCCAAAUAUUUAGAAGCGCUAUAACAUUUUAAGUUAUUUGGUCUACAUAUCUUUCAAAAUUUGUUCUCAUUGGCUGUUUUAUUAACUUUCGAAAACUAAAAAAUCGCGUCGCGCUGUCGACUACCUUAACCGGUCAGAAAUUUCGCGCUUGCAGGCGCGAAAUACAUGACGCUUGCUAAAUUCUAUGUCGGCCAAAACUGUUUUUUAGAGUUUAGAUAAAAUAAUCAUGAUGUUAAUUUCUAAAGCUUCGGAUACACGAGCAAUAUUUUUGCUGCGAUGGUUACGCAAUGGGUGAUAUAAACAGCAUUGCGCUGCCUUCCCACAAGGUGGCUACACCUGCAAUAUUUCACCUGCAAUAUAUGUCUUCAUAACGCUUUUCAUUGGCUGGUCAAGAAACGUGUCAUUCAUCAACCUUGACCUUCCUUGACCACACCUCCCAAUUUUCGGCAAUCAUUGCCGAAAAUCAAAUGAUUUGAAAUUUCGGCAACGAUUGCGCGCAGCUUUGCGUUGCCGUCGCAGAGCAUGAUACACAAGCAAUUUCUUUCUCGCGACGGCAAUGCAACGAUUUUUCCACCAUUGCAUUGCCAUCGCCAGAAAAGUAUUGCCCGUGUAUCCGUAGCUUAACACUUCGUUAAAUAUUUCAAAUCGACAUCGUUAAGUUUCAAUCAUAAACACUUUAAAUUUCAAAGCGAAUUGUGUGGUCGUGACCGCGAAAUACACGACGUUUGCUAAAUACAAUCGGUCGAAACGAUUUUUAAGUUCUCGAACUCAUUGUUGCUGCUUGCUAAAUUGAGUGAGAAUUGAGAAGGUCAAACGCGAAACGAUUUUUGGUGCUUAUAGUAAUUCAUAUAGCAUAACCCUUGAAACUGGUGUCUAUUUUAUAUCACUAAGUCUAAGAGCGCUUUUCGAGUGACUUUUUCCAUAUCUGCGAUUCAAGCUUUAUUAUCGCUGAACGCUAACGUUCACAAUCAGUGGUAUAGUGUCAAUUCAGUUGAUCAAUUGUAGAAUUGAUGUUUAAAAAUUUAUGUAUAAAUAAAAUGACUUUGAUAAAUGAUAGAUACACGUGUUGUCUGUUGAGCUGCGAAAUUUAUGAGCCAAAGUCGUUCAUGCGCAUCGUCUGCGCAUGGGCAGAUAUUUCGCAAGUCAGGAAUUUUGCGUCACACCUGCAUUAUUUCGCUCCGGUGUAGUGUGAACGUAGUCGAAAAGAUCUUCAAAAAUAAUUCAUUACGACAUAGCAAAUCUUAGCUGAUUAAAAGUGGUAACGGACUUGAAAGACAAGUAGUACUGAAGCCUUGAGGUGAUGGUGACAUGAUGUUGAUAGUUUUUGAUAUUCCGCUCUGCAUUACGUAAAUGACUAUUAAUGGUAACUUUGGUCACACUUCUUCAUCUUAUGUUGUGAUGAACCAGGUCUAAGCUUUUCCUCGUAAAUUCAUUGGCAUGCAUGAACAGAAUCUCUGCCUGUACAGAAUGAAUGCUGAAAUUGUAGCUUCGGACCUGCACCACUCUAAGAACGCCGUGGGAGGAUAAUCGUAUAGUACAUAGCAUGCAGACUUAUUGCAGUCAUAUCGCGUAUAGAAUUGGGGGUUUCUGAGGUGUCAUUACCAUGUACGAUUUUGUACGAGUUCAGUACGCAAAAGUGUUGUAAACGUCUACUGCAAUUAUGUUAGUUUCGCAAAUGUUAGAUGGUUUCCUCUUUGGUGAAUGUCUAACGAUUGUACUAUAUAUUUGUAUUCUGACCAAACGGUUGAUAAAUCAUUGGACAUUGAUAUAAAUAGUCAGUCUGCAAUAUCCAUAGAAAUAAUAGACAUUAUAGAUAUCUAUUGUAUAAUAAUAGAUAUCUAUUAUGUCUAUGACUAUGGCAAUAUGAACGACGUUUCCCUAGAGGGCCGAGGCACACGUCGCACGACACUUUAAGCCCAGAUCAAACGAGGAUGAGAGUGCACGAGAGUUAGCAGUCUUAAUUAAUGCUUUCCCAAGAAUAUAUCAUGCAUAUAUUCUAUUUAAGUUUAAAAAUAGUUGGAACACUCAUGCAUCAAACCUUUAUUUUGUUAAUCUCGACUCUUAUCAUCGUUUGACCGGGGCUUUAUAUAACAUCAAAUAUCACUUUCUUCAAGCUAUAUAUAUUUGACAUUUCCAGCUAUAUUUGACAUUUAACAAUUAUAAAACAUUUUCCGUGUUGAUAUACAGUUAUAUCAACACGAGUGGAAAUUGGGAAAACGAGAAAUUGUGUGGUAAAAUACAUGGUACAGUACUUAUAUAGUUGUAAGACCAUUGCAUGGGGCAUUAGGUAUUAGGAAGAAUAGUAUUACGGUUAUACCGCCAUGUUUCGUGCGCCAAGAUCAGAAAGAAAUAUAUUCGUGCUCGAAACAUGAGGAUAUUAAGAAGUUCCGAAGAAAAAUGUUAUCUGAAGAAUUCAAUAUAUGAAUUAACGAAGAUGAGCUUUUGAGACUAUAGUCAUCCAUGAGACAGAGAAUAAUUUUGUUUUGGACUAUAUAUAGGUGUUCUGUCAUACAUAUAUAACGUCGAAAAUUUACAGUCACAAAACUCGAGAAUUAUCGAAUUUUCAUGCAUAUAUAUAGUAUGGUAUACAGCAUUUAAUUUUUCUUCGGAACUGUUUCUCUUCCAUAUUCUCGGUUGACAUGACGGCAUUACGCUAUUAGUAAAAGCCUGCAAUGCCACUGAGACCAGUUCAUCUGAGAUAGUAGAGAGUUUUAGCCCCGUACUGUUUUCGCAGGCUACGUACAGACGAGCAAGUUUUCCUUGACAAGUUAUUUGUUCGUGUGUAGGGAAAAAAUUGCGGGAAAGUUUUCCUUGACAGGGAGCCUUUAUUCAAAAGUCACGCCAGCUUUUCAUCAAGGGAAAGUGUUCCUGUGAAGUUGUGUAUGCUCAUCCACUGUGUAUACUCGUCUUAGAGCAGCCAUUAAAUUUCGUUUAUUUUGAAAUUCAUUUUUGAACUUGAAGUGUGGUAUCGUAUAAAACAGUUUCUGCUGUUUUCAAUGUUGUUGGAUGCAGCUUUUAACGGAAAUUAUCAUGAGAAAUCAUGAUACUGUUUAAGUUUAAAAAAAGGUCAUCAAGUUUAGAUUAGUGUCAGAUUAAGAUUAGGGUUGGAUUAAGAUUAGAUUAGGGUUAGAGUUGGGGUUAGAGUUGGAGGUUAGAUUAAGGUUAGGUUUCCCCUAGAUAGAUGAUUAUCAUCUAUUUGUGCACUUUUGACAAUUGAUUCUAUUUAUCCCUGAGACUGUGCUGGUCGCACACCAGGCAAGUAAGUUGGUGGGAACUUGUCAAGGGAAACUUGCUCGCCUGUACGUGAACAAUUGAUCUGACCUAACGUUGAUCUGACCUUACAUUUCUACGCAAAAUCGCCGAACGACAUGCGUAUAGUGGGAUUUUUACAAGCCUGAGCCUUGUUACAGAGCUUUGUUUAGGGAAGAUGUACUUGUGGUUAACGUUGCAGGGUUGGAAGAUAUGGAAACUGCAGAAGGGCUUUUGAGAGGUGGUUUGACUGAAACCACAGCCGGUGAUGGUAGCGAUCUACUGAUGGAUAUUACACUACUACUUGGUGUAAGAGGGGUUGAAGGAGUCGUUGGCGUGGUAGGAGCGGAACCUGAUGAUGUUGAAUUUGGAAUCAUAAGUUUCAAGAUAACUUGUUUCGAUCCUGAUGAAGGUCUUUGUCCCGAUUUUGCUGCAGCAGUCAUAAUUGUUUGUCGUAAUUGAGACACUUUGGUAUAUAUAGCAGGUCCAAGAUAUCCAUAUUCUUUAUCAAAUUGUUCAGGUUUAUCGUGACUUAGUCGCAUUUGUAAUAUUGUUGUUGGCAAUUGUUUC